GAAUUUCGCAUUCGUUCGGUUCGGUUGGCAUUGUUUUUUUUUUUGAUUUGAGGUCCGCUCUUCGCAGCCGUAAAAUUUCAUGUUAAUCAAUGUUAAUUUAUACAUUUGCUUAGAAUCGAAAAAAGAAAUCUGUUUUUCCAACCAAAAUUAUAUUAAAAAAGGCGCGCUCGAAAUUUGAUUUGAUUUGAUUUGAUUUUUCGCUUUUGUGGUUUUUGGGGGCACGUACUUUGGUGCCAAGAACUCAAUGGAUCCGGAUUUCGUGAAUAAAUACAACCAGGUGCUGAGUCGCCUUAAGCUCGUGGAGAACUUUGAUGGCAGCGAUCCCAGCAAAUUGGCGCAAUUUCUCCACAAGAUCGAGGCCUUAAUGCCGGCCAUCAACUCUUUCGAUGAUUACUACAAGGCUCAGCUCAUAGGGCACAUUAAGAACAAGUGCACGGAUCGGGCCAGGGAUGCGGUCUUCACACGACAACUGAGUGCGCCGGCAGCCAGCGGCAAUUCCGGCAAUGGCAACGGUGCUCUGCUGAAGGCGGAAACCUGGCAUAAGCUGCGCGAGCAGCUGCUCCACAAUUUUGCGGAACGUGAGUCGAGCUACAGUUUGAUACACAAGAUUAGGAGUGCCGUGCUGGACUCGAAUAUAGAGCUGUACUAUCAGAAGAUGGCCAAAUUGAAGCAGCGCCUGCUCAAUCGCAAGUUGACCCACAAUGACACUUUGUACGCUUUGGAAGACAUUGAGCGCAUAACGUUGCAAGUAUUCCGUGAUCAUUUGCCGGAGCCAACACACUCGAUGAUAUUGCGACGCAAUCCGAAGAGCAUGGAGGAGGCCUAUCGCUAUAUUGUGGAGGUGCAACAACAGUUCUACACGCAGGGUGGACCGCUGGGCGGGGAGCAGGGGGCCACCUUUAGCACCAGUCACAAGCCGACCUUUGGCGUGGGCGUGGGCGCAGUUGGCUCUGGUGUGGGCAUGGGUCUGGGCAUUGCCUCGGUGGGUUUGGCGAGCACCGGCUAUGCCGGCUACUGUCGACAGAUGUCAGACAAGGGCAUGGUCAACAGCCAUGGCUAUCAUCAGCAGCACCAUCAGAUGAACCAGCACCAGUUGAACAGCAACAAGAGCUAUUAUAAUCAGGCGGCGCCAGCUGUUGGCGCCGGCAAAACGAAUCCGAUGUUCAAGAGCAUUGGCAAUCCCUCAUUCAAGUCCAGUUUCAGUUACAACGGCAGCAGCAGUCCCAGCAUGACUGGUGGCUGGAACAACAACAGCAAGCUGGACAAAAAUAAAUCCAAGGAUGCCAAGGGCUUUCAGCAGGGCAAGAACAAAACAAACAGCGGCAGCAGUUGGCGCAAAUAACGAUUCGAGAUUGGAGAAUGCCACACAAGUCAAGGAUUUAUGUGUGGAGCGGGGGCUUUAGUCAUGGGCCAAUGAGCUAAGCCAAUGGCAUGACCUAAUCUCUUUGCUGUUUGUUAUUAUUGUUGUUGUUGCCGUUGCUGCUGCUGUUGUUGUUGUUGCUGUUGCUGUUGUUGUUGCUGUGACUAAGCCCUGAGCGCGAUUUGCGAUUAAUGCGAUUGCAUGCCACAUGCUAAUUACACCGACCCCUCGACCCCCCUCCCUCCCCUUCGCCCACUCGCCCACUCACCCAUUGCCUUCUCCUCUAAUAUAGUCAGGUGGAUGCUGUGGAUGAUGAUGAUGCUCACGAUGAUUGCAGUUCAAAUCACUUAUUCACCAUGGCUCAUUUUAAUUAUUAGAUCAUAAGUCUCAAGUGUGCAUACAAUGCCCGCUCCCCUCUCGCCAACCCCCUGCCCACUGCCCCUACCAAUUAACUCAACCCACUCUCAAAAAUGUUGUUAUUAUUUACAAUAAAGUUUAUAAACUAA